CCAAGUCCAAGCCCGGCCUCCAGCCUCCUGCCCUCGACCCCCCGGCCAGGCAGCCGCCACAACCUCCAGGCGUCCUGCGGAGCGCAGCUUCCACCCCGGAGGGCAGAGCGACAUGGCGGCGGCCAAGUCCGAGAACCUGUCCCUGGUGGUGCACGGCCCCGGGGACCUGCGCCUGGAGAACUAUCCUGUUCCUGAGCCAGGCCCAAAUGAGGUGCUGCUGAAGAUGCAUUCUGUUGGAAUCUGCGGCUCAGAUGUCCACUACUGGCAGCAUGGUCGAAUUGGGGACUUUAUUGUGACAAAGCCAAUGGUUCUGGGUCAUGAAGCUUCAGGAACAGUCGUAAAAGUGGGGUCAUCGGUAAGGCACCUACAACCAGGUGAUCGUGUUGCCAUCGAGCCUGGAGCUCCCCGAGAAAUUGAUGAAUUCUGCAAGAUUGGCCGGUACAACCUGUCACCAACCAUCUUCUUCUGUGCCACGCCCCCCGAUGAUGGGAACCUCUGCCGCUUCUAUAAGCACAAUGCCAGCUUCUGCUACAAGCUUCCCGACAAUGUCACCUUUGAGGAAGGGGCCCUGAUUGAGCCGCUGUCUGUGGGGAUCCAUACCUGCCGGCGAGCUGGAGUCACCCUGGGGAACAAGGUCUUUGUGUGCGGAGCCGGGCCAAUUGGAUUGGUCAAUUUGCUGGUGGCCAAGGCAAUGGGUGCAGCUCAGGUGGUGGUGACUGAUCUGUCUGCCUCUCGGUUGUCUAAAGCCAAGGAAGUUGGGGCUGACUUUGUCCUCCAGAUCACCAAGGAGAGCCCGCAGGAAAUCGCCAGCAAAGUGGAGGGUCUGCUGGGGUGCAAGCCGGACAUCACCAUCGAGUGCACGGGGGCGGAGUCCGCCAUCCAGGCCGGCAUCUACGCCACUUGUUCUGGUGGGACCCUGAUGCUUGUGGGACUGGGUGCUGAGAUGAUCAAUGUGCCCCUCGUUCAGGCAGCCAUCCGAGAAGUGGAUAUCAAGGGCGUGUUUCGAUACUGCAACACAUGGCCGAUGGCGAUUUCAAUGCUUGCAUCCAAGGCUGUGAAUGUAAAGUCUUUAGUGACCCAUAGGUUUCCUCUGGAGAAGGCACUGGAGGCCUUUGAAACAUCCAAAAAGGGUUUGGGAUUGAAAGUCAUGAUCAAGUGUGACCCCAACGAUCAGAAUCCCUGAUGUUAUUUGGGCUCUGCCCUCAUUCCCACCCUCUUAGCAUCUCAGGGCUAAAUGGCUAGGCAAGGGUGGGCUUGAAGGCAAAAGUUUCUCUUAAGUAGUAAGGGUGAUUAAAAUAAUUCAUUACAAGCAGAGAGCCUUAAACAGAACGGGUGUUAUGUCUUAAAAACUCAGAAUGAUCUGUUUUUGCUGA